UUCUUCUUCUUCUUCUUCUUCUUAUUUAUUACUUAUUAUUAUUCACCGUUGCGAGCCCUCGAUGGAUGGCAUGGUCCUUUGACCAUAGUCGUUAAAUAUAUACCCCAUCCAUUGACAUUUCAAGCUGGGCAAAUUUAAUUGGUAGUGCGAUCCCAAGUCUUGGACUGCUUGGCUGAGGCGACGCUUUGAAGGCUACCGGAACAACGGCUAACUGCCUGUCUCAAAAGGCAACCCUUCUAUUCCUAACAACUUUCUCGUAGUACCUUUCGAUCAAUUGAUAAACUGCGCUGGUCCGAGUCAAGUUCGAAGCCGUCUUAGGCAGUAGUAUACCUCAACCAAUCGACUUAACCUCGCGAGGUUAACGGCAAGCAUGGGGAACGAAGGCAUCCUUCGCGCCCGUACAAUUGUACUUAGCCUAUCCAGAGCCCUCUUCCUCUCAGUCGGCCUCACAUCCGCUAUUCCAACAUCUUAUCACGCUCUCGACAAUGUUCUCGACAAUGUUCUCGACAAUGCUCCCGAAAAAACCGAAGAAGGCGCCCUCUGGGUGCUUUACAUCGCGUCCAUGAUCCUUGUGCUCUCAGGAGGUGCCUUUGCCGGUUUGACCAUAGCACUCAUGGGUCAGGAUGAGAUCUACCUUCAAGUAAUAUCUUUAGAUGCUGAGGAGCCCCAACGAAAGAACGCAAAACGUGUUCUUGAUCUCUUAAAUAAAGGCAAACACUGGGUCUUGGUGACGUUGUUGUUGUCCAAUGUUAUUGUCAAUGAAACCCUUCCCGUCGUGCUAGAUAGGUGCUUUGGCGGUGGUGUUGCGGCUGUUGUUGGAAGUACUAUCCUGAUCGUAAUCUUCGGCGAGAUCUUGCCACAGUCUGUUUGUGUUCGCUACGGUCUUCAGAUCGGCGGGUAUAUGUCGAAGCCCGUGCUUCUGAUGAUGUACCUAUUCGCCCCCGUUGCAUGGCCUACCGCAAAGCUCCUCGACUGGUUAUUAGGUAAAGACCAUGGAACUGUAUAUAAGAAAAGCGGGUUGAAGACGCUGGUCACGCUUCAUAAAUCUCUAGGCGAAGUUGGCGAGCGUCUAAACCAAGACGAAGUUACCAUCAUCAGUGCUGUCCUAGAUCUGAAACGCAAGCCUGUCGAGGAGGUUAUGACGCCAAUGGAGGAUGUCUUUACUAUGUCGGAGGAUACCGUGUUGGACGAAAAGACUAUCGAUCAAAUUCUCGACGCCGGCUAUUCUCGCAUCCCCAUCCAUCAAACUGGAAACCCGACGAAUUUUGUUGGCAUGCUCUUGGUCAAAAUCCUCAUCACCUAUGAUCCUGAAGAUGGUAAACGAGUCAAAGACUUUUCUCUCGCUGCCCUCCCCGAGACCCGACCUGAAACUAGUUGUCUUGAUAUAAUCAACUUUUUCCAGGAAGGAAAAUCCCACAUGGUACUUAUCUCAGAGUCUCCGGGUGAAGGUCAUGGUGCCCUAGGUGUCGUGACGCUUGAAGAUGUGAUUGAAGAGCUUAUCGGAGAGGAAAUCAUUGACGAGUCGGAUGUAUAUGUCGAUGUGCAUAAAGCCAUCCGUAGAUCUCAUCCCGCCCCUAAAGCUCGAGCUUUGCGGAGGGAACUUAUGGCUAAGGACCUUGAGAUCAGGAAUAGCACGCUUAUCGACAUAGAUGGAGACGGACAAGAGCCUCAGCCUAAACGGGGUACGUCGAUCAGCAGCAAGACGGACGCUUCUGCUCUCGGUUCUAGCCCAAAGAUGACAACGUUGCUGAUGCGAAGACGUUCGGCCGGUCAAGACGGACAACUGCUGCACACUAUGGUACCAGUCAAAGCCAACUUCGAGGAAAUGAGGGAUCACCUGAAGCAUCUUGGCCCAUCGAACCCUGCAUCAAACCCCAAGAGCACACGAGUUUCGGCAGUUAAACUUAAACCCGGCUCAUCAGCAGCUACUAGCGCCCGGCAACGUUCAACUUCUAUUACGACAGACGAUAUCGCAGAAGAUCUAGUUACGGUUGUGGAUGAACGCACAAGUUUAUUAGGAUCUCAGCUCAACGCAAAAGAUGGCACACAUGCCCUACAACAGAGUUACACCGAAUCACCUUCUAAUCCCCCACCCGAGAUCGUGACCAGUUUCGAAGGCGAGGGUUCCGAGCAAGUGACCAAAGGUACACAGACUAAGCUCAGUGUCAUAGCCGAAAGUGAUACCUCGCCGACACAGGAAUCCACGACAGAAAGUAUAGAGAGUGUAUAUGACGCUAUUGGGCGGAGAAGAGGCCACGUGCGUAGUGGCAGCAUUACCGAAAAUAUAAUCGAAUCUGGUGGUAUUCGCAAAGUCAUUCUCGAGGCUAACGACACAUCGUCGGGCGACGAAGGACAGAAAUCAAUCAUACCUACGCCGUCUGAUGAAGAUGGAACGUCUUCCACCGUCACUGUCACUGUCGCCACCAAAGGCAAUAAAGGGAAAAAGAAAAAUCGUCGCAAGAAUAGGAAUGGAGGGAAGUAGAAGCAUUAUGCUAGCGCGAGGGGAUACGGCCUAAUAUUAUUUUAGUAUCACGGCGAUUAUGCAACAUUAUAUGACUGCAUAAUUGCCCAAGGUAGAUUGGUUUGGUCUCAGGACCUCGAAUAUCGGCAAUCAGGUCCCCAUAGUAUCCAUCUAUCCAGCCUAGCCUGUGUAAGAUCAUCUCGGAUUGUUAGUUGGCACCGACUAUGUAACACUACCUAUUAUAAUAAAAUGUAAUCUACGGAAUCAUCAGAGUUCUAAAGGUUGAAGGCACGCUUAAUAUUACCAUUUCUUAAAUGAAAUUUUACAACUUCAAAUAGUGCGUUUUGUACACUACUUGACCUAAACUCUACACCCUACACUCCGUUGGAUGAAGAAAGGGUUAAAUCAGAUAGUAGCAUCCAUAGCCUUAACUAC